AUGUUUAAAUCCGACUUCCAAAUCACCACAAUCCCAGAAAUAGUGGCAGAUGAACCCUCUCCGGGACUGCCUCCACAAUGGGACGAUUACGACAUGGAUCCUGGGGCAAAAUCGGAUCACAAACCCCCUAUCCUAAAUCUUUCAAUUGAUAUCCUUGCUUUAGUUAUCGAGUAUCUUUCAUUUCGCGAUAUAAUUUCCCUUUCACUCACGACAAAGGGUUUCAGACAUUUACGACCCGAGCCGGCCUCCAACCCGGGUUCUGCCCCACUUUCACCUCCUCUAUCCCCCGGCAAUGAAGCCCUGUGUUCUGCUAGAAUCCAUCAGAGAUUCCUGGCUCAUAAGUCAUCUCGAACAUCGACAGAAAAAUGUCCUUACUGCGCACAUGACCUCUGUCCGACAAGCUGCUCGUCAGCUAUGUUCCUUGAUACGCAAACAGGCAUUUUCUUCCCCGCAUCACUUUAUAACAAGAAUAAAGCCUUGUUUAAAUACUCAGCAGAGUUUACAAAGCGGGAAACCGCACUUCUGACACCUAAUAAACGCGAAUCUCUCCAUCUGGGGCACAACAAGCGCGAAUCGUUCAUGGGACACAGUAAACGCGAAUCACUCCUCAUCUCUCCAAAACGUCAAUCAACAAUGAUGCAUAUGGCGAUUAACACCCCAAAGCCCGUGGAAUUCGUCUAUUCAACAAUUUGGUGCGAACAUCACCGAUGUCCUCGAGAUCUUUUGGCGCAAAAGAAUACCUUCAACAACGCAGGAGAGGAUAUCGCGAACGGAGCGGGGAAAUUCCUUCUAGAAUAUAACAAUGAAUUAAGAUGGGAGAGAGCACGACGUGACAGGGGUCCUAGGUAUUCUCUCUGGACUAGGUGGUUGGUCGGCUAUAAAUCGGAUACACAAGCCCAAAUACAGCGUACAGCUUCCGUAGCGGGUAGUGCGCCUCGGAGAAAGAGUAUUAUACCUUGGCUGGACUCUCAACCCGUUCCUUCUGGUGGGAGUACCCGACGGAAGAGUCUGAUCCCUUGGCUGGACCGUGAUCGCGAACCUUCUCUUACGCCGCCCCCGCCACCGGGUGUGGGGAGUGGUGGGAGCGGUGGGAGGAGGAAAAGUUUGUUUUCUUGGUUGGAUAAGUUUAAGGAUCCUAGCGAGCUGGAAGGAGCGAAACAACCCGAUCCCAUCUAUGAACGAUCCUUUUACGAAACUUAUUGCCUUCAUUGUUUGCGUCCGUUGAGAAUGCAGGGCGCUAGUAGGGGUCUACAUAGCCAUUGGCAGGGACUUAGCUGUGAAUGUCGAACGGCUAGCCAUGCUAUUGGCGGUGGAUGUCGUCGAUGCGGAGUCGCUAGCGUUCGGUUUACACUUAUCGAGACCUUUGACAAGAUCUGGGAAAAGAAGAUGGAUAAGGCCGAAGGGGCUAUAAAAAACCAAAGCUACUGGCUUUUCGUCGCCACGGAAUGCGAGAUUAUCCGUGCGGCUGGUCCGGGAGCAUUGGUAGAAACCAAGCGACUUCGACCUCGGAACCCCAUUGCAGCUGCGAAGGCCUUAGAUACCGUGAGAGGUUAUGAAGUUGUUCCGCUUCCUAAUUUUAGUCCCGUCGGGCUCCAGGAUCUUCCGUAUGAGGUUUUGAGGAGGAUUGUGGAUUAUCUUCGGGAUAUGGAGACGUUUCAACGGGAUCCGCAUUUCUGGGCUAUGCAGGCUACUUAUUGCUUCCCGAAAGCGUGGCAGGGAAGUUUUGGAGACUUUAAUGCUAUGAAUGUUCAUGAGGAUCCGUGUUUGUCGUAA